CUUUACUUGGUUAUUAUCAGUGAUUUCUACUAGUCCCAUGCAUUUCCCGGCUUCCUUAUAUCAUGAAUAUUCCCAAUCUUAAUACCAUAUUAGCCUUGAUUUACUAAUCUUAUAAGUCUUAUAGAUUGAAUAAGUCUUAUAGAUUGAUGUGAAGUUCUGCUGCUUAUCUACCAUGACAAUUUCUAUGAUUCUAAAACAGAACACAAUAUAGAUGACGAUCAUAAGUGCUUUAUUGAUUCCUAGGAACUGCCAGCCAAUCUGAAAGUGGAUAUAAUCGCAAUGCCCACUACUCUUCUUGACGCGCAAUCUCGAUCCUCGUCAAUCCGCUGGCAAUGCUCCCCCGCCCAUGACUUUCUUCUGACAAGGGAACCACAUAUGCAUGACUUCACCUCCGUUCCCCAUUCGCCAGUCUUCUCCUCACCUGAAUCUCUGCCCAGUACACCUACAACAUUACACCCUCUUUCUCUGGGUGAGAAUAAUGACUGUGAAGAUGACAAGCUCGUUCUCCCUGACUAUACCAUCAGCGCCUCAGUCAUGAGCGCUGGCAGAGAAAGCUCAAGCCUGUUGGGGGUUUCAUCUGAUAGACCUCCAUUCAAUUUCUUCCGUCUCGGCCUCCACACCCCAGCCGCUGAUGAUUCAUCUGCUGAGGCAGAGCCGUCAAGACAUGUUGACUACCUCUCUCAUGAAUGGAAUGAAGAGGAUAUCUGGUUAUCAUGGCGUUAUGUGACCGCCCGACGGAAUAUAUAUAGUAACAGCGCACGGUUAGAAAAUGCAUCGUGGAGGACGUGGGCCAAGUCGAAGAAUAACUUGCGGACAAUUUCACCAGAAACCCUCAAUUGGCUGAAGGACUGCGAUGUUACGUGGUUAUAUGGACCUCUCAAAACCUAUAAGGCGCACGAUAACUAUACCGUAUCCCCUCCGCCAACUUGCCUAGAUACUCCGAUGUCUCCGGUUGAAAGAAAGCCUAUACUGAAAAAGAAGAGUGCAUCGGAAACGAUAUUGCAGCGUUCUCUAUCACAGCACACUCUUUUAAAAGAUGCAGGUGCUAUUCUCCGGGCGCAAGAGUUCGAGAACCCUUAUGGUCUUCCGUCGAUUCCUAAAUCAGCGUCUAGCGCGGGGCAAUCUUUACACCAUCUGAGAACAGACUCUACUCCGGGGUCUUGUGAUAGCAUUGCUACCCACACCUCCUCCCUAAGUGCCACCUCUCCAAGCGAAAAGCGUCGUCACAUCCAUUUCAAUAAUGAAGUGGUGCAAUGUAUAGCUGUGGAGGCGAAAGAUAUGGAAGAUGAAGAUGAUCAAGACCCCUUUUUCCUAUUCGAAGACGAAGAGGAUCUCUUUUCUGGCGAUGACACUCCUGUUACAAGAUGGCCUUUCUCGGCCGGGACUUCUAUCAGCAAUCGAAGUACGCCUCGUGGCAGCUUCAGUACGGACAGUAAGAUAAUUGCACCUCUUCCUCCAACAACUCUCAAAUAUCGCGGAGACACACCAGACAUUCCUUCCAACCCGAUGUUGAAUCCCUGGGUAUUCCAAGACUCCGCACCCCGGUCAUCGCUUUCCCCCUCGGCGGAAUCGAUUUGGUCUUCCAAGGCACUUUCGAGCUCGCCACCUGAGUAUGAAAAUGGCAAUAGUUCGGAUUAUAAUUGGCAAUGCAAAGAGUACUUUUUCGAGGAUGCACCGACAGAUCCUAGUCCAACAACCCAAACAGCAUCAAACCCGGACGAACAAUAUUGCUCGGCAUUACCCGACCCAUCCUUGCUGUGCCAUGAGGAAGUAACCACUAACGACACCAUUUUUAGUAGGCUCAUGGAUACCAUCAACACUGCCAGGGACAUUGCACAUGUGAUAUGGAAUGUUGGAUGGCAAUGAUAAGAUAUUUAUAUACCACAUCAAUUUCAAAGCCUUGUGGUUAAAGACUGAGAAUCUCUUAAUGACAACAGGACCACGAAGUGAUGACCGGUUGAUAACAUAUAAUUAGCCUUUCAUAGGUAGGCCUCUCUAGCCAGGCAUACAGAGAUGAAAGAAAUGAUUCACGAUUGGAUUUAUGGAAACUCGAUUCAACGCAGUUGAUUCCUACUUCCUAGAAAUAUCAAAGAUAGACUAAAGUACCGGC